CCGGGCUGUGGCUGGGAAGGCGCGGAGGCAGGCGCGCUGCGGGCAGGCCUGGAGGGGGCGGGUCCGCGCGGGCCUCAGAGCCGCCCGCCCUGCCCGAGGAGGAGAGCGAGGUCACGGCGUGAAGGGGCAGGAGCCGCCGCCGCCGCCGCUCGCGAGGGGCCGAGGAGCCAGGCCCGCCGCCAUGGCCUACUGCCGGCAGGAAGGGAAAGAUCGCAUCAUAUUUGUGACCAAAGAAGACCACGAAACUCCCAGUAAUGCAGAGUUGGUGGCCGAUGACCCCAACGAUCCAUACGAGGAACACGGGUUGAUACUGCCAAACGGAGACAUUAACUGGAACUGCCCGUGCCUGGGGGGCAUGGCCAGCGGCCCCUGUGGGGAACAGUUCAAAUCGGCYUUCUCCUGCUUCCACUAUAGCACACAGGACAUCAAGGGCUCGGACUGUGUGGACCAGUUCCGGGCCAUGCAGGAAUGCAUGCAGAAGUACCCGGAUCUCUAUCCCCAGGAGGACGAGGAGGAGGAGGAGGAGAAGGAGAAGGAGAAGGCAGCGGAACUCGGAGAGCCAGCAGCUCCCCACGAGGCCACUGUGACCAAAGACGGGGUGGACUCCAGCUAAUGCAGGCCCUGAGGCCCCGGGUUCCAGCUUUUUGUCUGCAGGGUGACGUGGACCUUGUGCAGAGAGCCUUUGAGUCACCCACCCUCAGAAAGUGUCUUUCCUGUCYUGCUGUGUGCACUGUAAUGUACAAAAUGACUCCUGUCUGAUCCGGGUGACCUGGCCCCCUGACACCAUGGGGUCCCAGGUAGGUGACUGCUCUGUCACGUUGCCCUGAGCUUUCCCACUGUCACACACUGUGCUGAACCUUCUCAGCAGCCCCAGGUCACCACCCCRGAAUGUCCCUGUGAGUGAGCUGAUGUGAUCUGAUCCAUUCUGUCCCUGUUAGUAGAUCUUACUCCUCUUUGGGAAAUGAAAUAAAAACCAAAAAAAACCUCUUUCUAUAAAAAUGCCGGCGUGGAGCCAUCCCUSGUAGCAGAGGCCAGAUGGUCAGGGCUGGAUUUCUCCAACCGUCUGUCUGCCUUUGGGUGCGUGAGGACGGACUUCAUUCCUGAUGGAUUUUGGUUUCCGUGUUGGCGUUGAGGUUCCCCACAGUUAGAAGGUGCAGACUUGGAUGUGCCUUCCCAACCUUUKGCUGGUUGUGCUGCCCGGAGCCCUGGUCGGCCUGCUCACACUGGCUCUCACUCUGGUCCGCUGCGGUCUUCUUGACACGUCGGGACCUAACUGUGGCCAAGAGAGGACAUGGUGUGAAUGAAGUGCUCAAUUAAAAGGAAAUGUGAUUCCUACCUGCGUCUGAGCGUGUCUCUUCUUUUCACAAGUUGGGCAUACUUUGGAUAUAAGGAAAUAGGAAUUUUGGGAAAUUGCAGUUGAAAUUCCUCUUUUAAAGAUCCUGACAAACCGGGUUGAGUGUGUUA